AUGAGCUGGUGGUGGAAGCAGAAGCCUGCCUCGAGCAGUGAUGGUGGCAGAGGAGAUGCUGAGUCCACUCCCCGUACCCAGGACGAGCCCACCACUGUCUCUGCUGUUCCCGUUCCUGAACCCGUCAAGCGCACCCUGACCCGGGAUGAGCAGAGUGAGCAGGAAUUGAUGGAGUUCCUGAAGGAGCUUCAGGCACAAGCAGAUGUGGAACAAGCUCAGAGAACCAAAUCCAAGCCACCUGCAGCACCGUCGCAGCAAGCAAUCGGUCAAACAGACAUCUCUCCCGACUCACUCUACCCUGCCGAGAUAUCUUGCAGAUCUGCCUUCGAUUAUGCCAUGUUCUGCCAGAGCUUUGGAGGCCAAUUUGUCAACGUCUAUCGCUAUGGUUCCUUUCGGUCGUGCUCAAACCACUGGGAUGACUUUUGGCUUUGCAUGAAGACACGGAACUGGAAAAAGGAGGAUCGUGAGAGAGCCAUACAGGAGCAUUAUCGGAAGAAAGCUGUAAAAUGGAAGACUGGACCCAGCAGUGAAGAUGUCUGGGAGGUCCGACGAGAGCCGGUCAAGGAUCCUUUCUCUGGGAAUUUGGCAGAGCUUGAAGCUCAAAUGGCCGAGUACAAGAAGAACAAUCUAGCAGUACCAGAACUUUGGACGCCGACAAAAUGA